AAUAAAAUGGGAAAGCAAAAGUCGAUCUUUUGUUCCGGUGCAGCACCUGAGAGAGCUCCCGGCCUCAUCCUCCUCAGUCAAGCAAUAAACCCUCAUUUGCGCUUUUUGUUUUUACACUGCAGCUAAUUUUAACCAUUAAUUAACAUGACUUCUCUGCUGCGGUGCUUCAUGUUUGACAGGCUGCACCGCUUAGACGCGGCAGCUCAACGCGCUCCUCUGCUCGCUUUCUCUUCCGGGUGCUGAUGUUGUCCCUGCGCUGAAUUUUCCUCCGGCUCUCGGCUGCCCCAGGAAGAAGCUGCAUCUGCGGUCUUAUUGUCAUCUUCUGGGAGCCUUCGGAUAAAAUUUGGCACAUGUAAAAAAUCUCGCAGGAAUACGAAAUGGCUGGAUGAUCCUCAGCUGUUUGCACCAUGGGUGUAUGUGCUGGUCCAUCCUGCAGCCUGACAGGUUGACAUUGUAAUAGCGUAGUUAUUGAGCAGCCUCGUGCGUGCGGUUUGGUGGACAGUACACCUUGUGCAGACCAAGAUGCUACAAGGCUCAAAUAUCCUGGGGCAUGAGAGGCCCCUGGUGAUCAGGAUAUCGUUCACCACCUUUGUUUUGGGCACUGUGUCUCUGCCACUGUUUGGACUAAUAACUUGUGUCGUCAUAUCCUCUGUUUUUCAUUUUGAGGACUCCACUGGGACACACUGCCAGGUUCCUAAUUACCUGCCAUCUAUCAGUGCCUCAAUAAGUCUUAGUCCUGAGUGCCACAUAUGGCGGUUCUGCAUCGGACUGCACUCAGCCCCAAGGUUACUGGUGGCGUUUACCUACUUCAGGUUUUACAAAACACGUUUUGCCUCAAGGUUCCCCGAGAGUCCGCUCAGCUGCUUGAGCCUGGCCUUUUCUGUUUCAGAGAACCUGGGCCUCUUGCUGCUCACAUACGUAUCGUCCAGUGAAACAUACUUUGUACAUAAGGAAGGCUUUGUCCUCUUCAUCAUCAGUUCCCUUAUUUACAUGCUGAUAACCUGCCAUUUAUGGAAGGCCAUUAAGAAGUAUUCACUAAGUCCUGAGGAUGCCAAGUCUCACCACUGGAAGGUACGUUUCUUACUUCUCAACGUAUCCUUCUGUGCUUUUGCCGGAUUCUUUUAUUGGAAACACAACAUGUACUGUGAGUCAGGGAGUUAUACACUUUUUGCCCUGUUUGAGUAUCUAGUUGUUUUCUCCAACAUGGCCUUCCAUCUCACAGCAGUGUGGGACUUCAAGAGCCGGGAGGUCAUGGUCGUUUCGUCCACUGAAGAUAAAGACUUCUGACUAGAAACUCCAGGAUUAAGUGCUAAAUGUACAAACACUCAACCCCCUGAUCCUAACAGCCUUGAUCCUGCCAUGGAGGAAGAGUGGGAUGAAGGCCUUUUCCAUAUAUUUCCAUGACGAUGGCUCUGAAGUCCUUAGAAAGUGUAGAUGUCGGAACAAGAGAUAUGCACACGUGCUGCUGUAUGGUCUAUGGUCUUUAUUCAGUGCAAAGUGCAUUUUUUUUGGUGUAUAUUUUAUUUUGUGUAAUGUAAAAUUUAAAUUUUUUUUAUAAUAAAAUGUAUGGUCAUACUGUAUGUGUGCCAAAGUAAAAAAUUUUUUUUCAAACACAUUUGACUUUCAUUUCGAUAUACAUAUAAAGGGGAAUGUCUGUAAAUUAUUUUGGAGGGAGUGAAAUUGUGGGCUUUGAAUCUUUUGAGUCUCAGAUAGGGUCCACACAUAGAAACACUGACACUGCUAUUUAGAGCGUUUUCAUACCAUUCAGAAAGUUCUGCUGUUUAAGUCAGUUAAUGACUACAAAAGUCCCUCACACAUACAGAGAGCACAGA